UCAUAGGGUUUACAUCACCAUUAAUAAUGCCGGCCUGGACGCCGUAGUUCAUAUCGCCAAAGGAUGCCGUUAGCGCCAUAGUGUAGCUGUAAGGUAUGCGAUAGUCGAGUAGGCUGUCUGUAGUAACAGUCCAGUCGUACCCAGCCUCAUGUGAUUCAGCUCUCGGCUCUCAGCCCCAGCUUCCCCUCAUACAAAUUCUGUCAGCUAACAAGCUUUGCUCUAUCCUCUUUCCCCCUAAGUCUGACUUCUACUUCAGCAUUUCUACCCUUGCUGAUUCCUCAAUCGCCGUCAGACCCACAAUGGCCGACCCACUUAGCAUUACAGCCGCAGUCGUGGGCAUCACUGCGCCAGCCUUAGAAGGCGUACGACUACUUCUAAAUGACCUACAGCAGCUCAAAGACGCACCAAAGACUGUUAGGCGCCUGCUAGAGGACGUCCACUCUGUUGAUGCAGCGCUUAGCCUUCUCCAAAGCGUAGAGUAUAGGGAGUGGCAGUUGCUUGGCUCAGAUGUUAGUAAAGAGUCAGAGAGGACAAUCAGCAGCUGCGCGCAAGCAUGCUCUCUCUUCCGGACCGACCUUCAACGAUGGACCAGGCACUCAGAGGAUGGGAAACUGGAGUGGCAAGAUCGCGCGAAAGUAGGACUCUUCAAGCAAGGGCAAAUCAAGGCGAUGUCUGAGCAGCUCCAAAACUGUAAACUAACCGUUAAUUCAAUUGUGAGCAUAGCAACUCUGUAUAGCUCUGUGCGUCAUAGCCACAUUACUGAGGACAUCAAGAAGACGAUUUCUGAGAAACAGGAGGAAGUAAAGAGUGCAAUUACCGCGACAGACAGACAGUUAAUCGUUUUGGAUAAUAAGCUGGAAGAGCUGGGUCUCAGCAGCGACGAUGAAGUCGCAGUCGGGCCUGAUGAAGACAAAGCGAAAGCGUUGCAGCAGUAUGAGGAGGAGCGCAAAGCGAUAGUCGCAUCGCGGAGACUACUAGACGAGCUGUUGUCUAGGGCUCAGGAAGAAGCAGUUGCCAAAGCAGCCGCAAAGGGUCAGGUUGGUUCAACCACAGUGGGCAGUGUAACUUUUGGCAAUCAGAACUCUGGCUUGCAAACCGGUGUGAUCAACGGCGGAGUUCAUGGCACUAUGUUUGGGGGAAACCGAGAUUGAGAGACAUAAGCUACCGUUAAAGAAAUCAUCAAUGUCAAGGUUAAUACUUAAUGUCGAGUCCAGAUAGGAAUGCAUUUAGACCUCGUCGAUGGUCCAGCCA